AUGCCAACAGCAGGUAAGGAUAUUGCAGGUGAGGAUAUUGCAGGUGAGGAUAUUGCAGGUGAGGAUAUUGCAGGUGAGGAUAUUGCAGGUGAGGAUAUUGCAGGUGAGGAUAUUGCAGGUGAGGAUAUUGCAGGUGAGGAUAUUGUAGGUAUUGCAGGUAAGGAUAUUAAAGGUAAGGAUAUUGAGGAUACCGAGUGUGAAUGGAGUUUUUCUUACUACGAACGAGAAUAUCUAGGUACUUCUCAAACUGAGCAGGAUGAUUUCUCUGUAUUAGAGCCCGAGCCAUCCUCUAAUGAGCCGGUAAGAGUGAAACCGCAAGAAAUCAAACUCAGUUUAAACAAUCCAUUUAUACUUUGUAAAUUGAACUACUUUAAAAGAAAAGCAAGCAAAAACAAUUUACAUCUUUAUAAUAAAAAACUUGUAGUUUUAAAAGAGAGAAUUCUCAGUAAUGUAAAUAAACUGAAGGUAAAUAAUCAGGACUCUCUACUUUGGAAAACUACACUUGCAUGGAUAUUGAGAAAAGGUAACCCAUCAGAUAUACUACUUAACGAGAUUGCUACUAGACAAACUUUCAUGGAAAUUGCAACAGAAUUGACCUUAACAAAACUUGUGUCUGAUAGUUGGUAUACUGUGGGCGUGCAAAAGUGA